AUGAGUGUUCGACUUACUAAGAAGCACGGGGAUACUCAUUAUGCUAAUAUUCCAUAUGGGUAUUAUACAUUUGGUGUAACAUUCUGUUUUAUAUUUGGUUUAAUUCUAGUGCGCAAAUUCUGUUCGGUUAAGUCAUCAAAAUCAAAGAGCAGACUUGUCAGAAGCAUUGUUGAUGCAUCUCCAAUAGUUUAUGUUCCCACGUUAAUCCUGGUUCUAGGUGUUCCUUUUGUUCAUCAUUAUUCCCUUCGUCAUGAUGCUGCUGUGUAUAUGAAGCGGUUGGGAAGGGUAUCAUAUAUUUUGAUAUUUUUGAAUAGUUUCCUUACUAUUAGACCAAAUUACGUUUUGUCUGAUUAUACAUAUGCUCAGCUAAUACCAUUACAUAUUUGGUUGUCGCGUUUUAUUGUGAUCCUGGGGUUGGUGCAUGGUGCGUGUUUUGUUGUAAAGUGGGUACUUGACAAUAAUGUGUCUGCUAUGGAAAAAUUGUUUUCCAAUACAUGGAAUUUUGUGGGAUUUGUGGUUUGGUUAUUUAUAUUAUUGUUACUAUUUGCCUCCACUGGUCCUAUAAGAAGAUAUUCAUACAAUACAUUCUUUGUUAUUCACCAAUUGGGUCAAUGGGCGAUGUGUUUACUGAUUCCCGUACACGCAAGGCCCGGAGUUGCAUGGCCUUAUUUGGCGGCCAUCGGGUCAAUAUACCUGGUGGAAUUUGUUUCCAAAGUCUCUCUUAGCCAUUCAGCUAAUGUUAUAUCAAAGAUUACUAACUAUGAACAAGGCACAAAGCUAGUCCGUGUUUUAUUACCCCGGGUGGUGAUGCCAGAACGAUUCGCAGUAGGUUCACAUUUGAGGAUCUCCUCUUACAGGAAACUGCAUCCGUUAUAUUGGUUCUUGCCUAGUCAUCCUUUUACCGUAGCAUCCUUGCCAGAUGAUGGGCAUGUAGAAUUAAUAGUGAGAGAACACAAUAAUUUUACGUUCCAAUUGGGCUCAUUUUAUACAGUUGUGAAUCAUUAUGAAGGCAUUUCUUCCGAAAAGCUAGCGAAGGCAAAGAGAGUAGCGAUUGUUGUAGGAGGGGCCGGUAUUUCUUUAGGGCUACCAAUAUUCAGGUAUUUGAAACAACAGGGCGAUAUCGACUACAUCAAAUUUGUUUGGAUGGUUAGAAACGAAUCUGAAAUGCAUGUUAUAGAUGAUAAGCAGGGUAUUGAUGUUUUUGUGACACAGGGGGCUCCUGAUCUUGAUAACGCCGCUGUGUAUUCAACUUCAGACACUAGAGAGGAUCAUAUUGAACAUUUUGAGUUGGAAUCAUUGGAUGAUAUCGAUAUGGAAGCUUCCAAUCUAGAUGAAUCAGGCGCGCUGAUUGGAAACAAGCCAUUUUCAGCUACUGAUAAUGCCAAAAUAAAAUACGGCUGUCGAAUUAAUUGGUCAGUUGAAUUGGCCUCCUUUGUCAAUAGACCAACCUAUCUGAAUCAUCUAUUGAUCGUAUGUGGUCCGAAAGGUUUGGUUAAUGAUGGAGAAGCUUAUGCGGAGGCAAAUGCCGUUGAUAUAUACAAAGAACUAUAUGUGCUCUAA